AUGAUGGCGGCGGCACUGGGGCCCCCAGAAGUGAUCGCCCAGCUGGAGAACGCGGCCAAAGUUCUCAUGGCACCUCCUUCCAUGGUCAACAGUGAGCAACGCCAGCAUGCAGAGCACAUAUUCUUAUCGUUUAGGAAAUCGAAGUCACCAUUUGCAGUUUGCAAGCAUAUUUUGGAAACAAGCAAGGUGGACUAUGUCCUCUUUCAAGCUGCCACGGCCAUCAUGGAGGCAGUGGUCCGAGAGUGGAUCCUCUUGGAAAAGGGCAGCAUUGAGUCACUGCGAACAUUCCUUUUAACCUACGUCUUACAGAGGCCCAACCUCCAAAAAUAUGUUCGGGAACAGAUUCUCUUAGCAGUAGCAGUAAUUGUAAAACGAGGCUCACUAGAUAAGUCAAUUGACUGCAAGAGCAUUUUUCAUGAAGUCAGCCAGUUGAUCAGUAGUGGCAAUCCCACUGUGCAAACUCUGGCCUGUUCUAUUCUGACUGCACUAUUGAGUGAAUUCUCAAGUUCAAGUAAAACUAGCAACAUUGGACUGAGUAUGGAAUUUCAUGGUAACUGCAAAAGAGUUUUUCAGGAAGAAGACCUUCGACAGAUCUUCGUGUUAACUGUGGAAGUUUUGCAGGAGUUCAGCAGGCGGGAAAACCUCAGUGCUCAGAUGUCCUCAGUGUUUCAGCGCUACCUCUCACUCGCAAAUCAGGUACAUCGAAAAAUCAGAGAAGAUUCGGAUAUGGCACAAGAUUCUCUGCAGUGUCUCGCCCAGUUAGCUUCUUUGCAUGGACCUGUCUUCCCCGAUGAAGGAGCACAGGUUGACUACCUAGCACACUUCAUUGAGGGUUUACUGAGUACUAUCAAUGGAAUUGAAAUAGAAGAUUCUGAAGCUGUGGGGAUCUCCAGCAUUAUCAGCAACCUGAUAACUGUGUUCCCUCGAAACGUUUUAACUGCCAUUCCAAGUGAGCUUUUCUCAUCCUUUGUGAACUGCCUCACACACCUCACUUGUUCUUUUGGGCGUAGUGCUGCUUUGGAAGAAGUGCUUGAUAAAGAUGACAUGGUCUACAUGGAAGCAUAUGACAAGUUGCUGGAGUCCUGGCUGACUUUGGUCCAAGAUGACAAACAUUUCCAUAAAGGCUUUUUUACCCAGCAUGCAGUUCAAGUCUUCAAUUCCUAUAUUCAGUGCCACCUGGCCGCUCCAGAUGGCACAAGGAAUUUGACUGCCAAUGGUGUGGCCUCUCGUGAAGAAGAAGAAAUAAGUGAACUUCAAGAGGAUGACCGAGACCAGUUUUCAGAUCAACUAGCCAGUGUAGGAAUGCUAGGAAGAGUUGCCGCAGAGCACUGUAUACCUCUUCUGACAAGUUUAUUAGAAGAAAGAGUAACACGGCUCCAUGGUCAGUUACAGCGACAUCAGCAGCAGUUACUUGCUUCACCUGGUUCAAGCACCAUUGACGGCAAAAUACUUGAUGAGCUAUAUGAAGAUAUUCACUGGCUUAUUUUAGUUACAGGCUACCUCUUAGCUGAUGAUACUCAGGGAGAGACUCCGCUAAUACCUCCAGAAAUAAUGGAAUAUUCCAUUAAGCAUUCAUCUGAAGUUGACAUUAAUACAACACUUCAAAUUUUGGGAUCUCCAGGAGAAAAGGCUUCUUCCAUCCCAGGGUACAACAGAACAGAUUCUGUGAUUAGGCUGUUAUCUGCCGUUCUCAGAGUUUCGGAAGUUGAGUCUCGAGCAAUAAGAGCAGAUCUCACUGAUCUGCUAAGCCCUCAAAUGGGCAAAGAUAUUGUUUGGUUUCUAAAACGCUGGGCAAAGACUUAUCUCCUGGUGGAUGAGAAGCUAUAUGAUCAGAUAAGUCUACCAUUCAGUACAGCAUUUGGAGCAGAUACUGAGGGUUCUCAGUGGAUUAUUGGCUACCUCUUACAGAAAGUCAUCAGCAAUCUCUCGGUGUGGAGUAGUGAGCAGGACCUUGCAAGUGACACUGUGCAGCUUCUUGUCACUUUGGUGGAAAGAAGAGAAAGGGCAAACCUAGUAAUCCAGUGUGAAAACUGGUGGAAUUUAGCUAAACAGUUUGCGACCCGAAGCCCCCCUCUGAAUUUUCUGUCCAGUCCGGUGCAGAGGACGCUGAUGAAGGCCCUUGUCCUGGGAGGUUUUGCACAGAUGGACACAGAAACCAAACAACAGUAUUGGACUGAGGUUCUUCAGCCGUUGCAGCAGCGAUUCUUAAGGGUGAUAAAUCAGGAAAACUUUCAGCAGAUGUGUCAGCAAGAGGAGGUCAAGCAGGAAAUCACUGCCACCCUAGAGGCCCUAUGUGGCAUUGCCGAGGCUACUCAGAUUGACAACGUGGCAAUCCUUUUUAAUUUCUUAAUGGACUUCCUUACCAAUUGCAUUGGAUUGAUGGAAGUUUACAAAAAUACUCCCGAGACUGUCAAUCUCAUAAUAGAAGUUUUUGUUGAGGUUGCACAUAAACAGAUAUGCUAUCUUGGAGAGUCCAAAGCGAUGAACUUAUAUGAAGCCUGCCUCACUUUGUUGCAAGUAUAUUCUAAGAAUAAUUUGGGGCGGCAGAGAGUGGAUGUCACAGCCGAGGAGGAACAAUACCAGGAUCUACUUCUUAUUAUGGAACUUCUUACAAACCUUCUGUCAAAAGAAUUCAUAGACUUCAGUGAUACAGAUGAAGUGUUUAGGGGACAUGAGCCGGGGCAAGCAGCAAGCAGGUCUGUGUCAGCCGCGGAUGUUGUUUUAUAUGGAGUCAACCUAAUCCUGCCCUUGAUGUCACAAGAUCUUUUGAAGUUUCCAACACUUUGUAAUCAAUACUACAAAUUAAUUACAUUUAUUUGUGAGAUUUUUCCUGAAAAAAUACCACAACUUCCUGAAGACCUCUUUAAAAGUCUGAUGUGCUCUCUAGAACUGGGAAUGACUUCAAUGAGCUCGGAGGUUUGCCAGCUGUGUCUGGAGGCCCUGACACCAUUGGCUGAACAGUGUGCAAAAGCUCAAGAUACGGACUCACCACUGUUUCUAGCGACACGGCACUUUCUGAAGCUGGUUUUUGAUAUGCUGGUUCUGCAGAAGCACAACACUGAGAUGACGACAGCAGCCGGUGAGGCGUUCUACACGUUGGUGUGCCUGCACCAGGCUGAGUACUCUGAAUUGGUUGAAACAUUACUGUCAAGUCAACAAGACCCAGUUAUUUACCAGAGAUUAGCAGAUGCCUUCAACAAGCUCACUGCAAGCAGCACCCCUCCUACGCUGGAUCGGAAACAGAAGAUGGCUUUUCUAAAGAGUUUGGAAGAAUUUAUGGCAAAUGUCAUAGACACUUUGUGA